GAAGAAGAAGAAAGAUGCAGAGGAGAAAAGAAAAGAGAAAAUGAAAGAAAAGUUGAAAGGGUGGAAGGGAUAGUUGAUGAGAAAACAAUCGGAAAAAGAAGAUAAGAAGUGAUAGGAAGUAGACACCACUAACACCGCCAAAACAGAACUAUUGAAUUAUUCCUUACCAGCACUUACACACAAAUAUUGUUUUUCGGAAAACUACAUAUGGAAAGACAUUCUGUGAAGUAUAGAAAAUAUCCCUCCUCAGCAAUUGUUAUCACACUAGAGUUUUACUGCAGCAGCAGAUGAGGAUAUUCAUGGCUUCCGUCGUACGAUAAAAACAAGUGCCAACCGGCAUUAUUAUUAACUUCGUCUAUUUUCUUUCUUCAUUACUUCAUCUGUGACAACUAAUUCUUCUUGAACUUGGACAUGAAGCUGAACAUUUGGUCAAAGCUCUCCUGCUUCAUUGUAAUACUUGCAUUAAAUUUGCACUUAAUUGAAGGAUAUAAGGAUCAACAAAUAGAACUGUUAAUCAAAGCCAAGAUGAAAUGUAACGAAUUAAUGCAGAAGCAUGAGUAUCCAACUUCGGGUAUAUUCUGUAACAUUACCUUCGACAACCUUCUAUGCUGGAAUUACACAAGUGCCGGGAGCCUAGCAAGGCAACGCUGUCCCACAUACAUCCACAAGUUCACGGAUAAGAGAUUUGCUACGAGACUUUGUUUACUCAAUGGAAAUUGGAGCCCGAGAGAUGGAUCCGAUGGCAACAUCACAAAAGGUUGGACGAACUUUUCUGAAUGCUUCGACAGAAGUGGAGAGGCGCCUACGUUUAUAAGGGAACACAUGCAAACCUGGCGGAUUAUCUACAAUGUCGGAUACAGCACAUCGCUAUUUUCUUUGCUUGUUGCAAUAUUUAUUAUGAUAUACUUCAGGAAGUUACAUAAUCAUCGCAACACCAUCCACAACAACCUUUUCAUCUCAUUCAUAUUGCGCGCCACUGUUUGUCUUUUAAGAGACAAUUUGUUUAUUCAAGGUGUAGCCUUUGAAUCGGAUUUGGUUAAAAACGAAGACGGACGCUUAUAUUUCAACGAAAAUAUUACACAUUGGCAGUGCAAACUGUUUUACACUUUCUUCUAUUACUCACUACUGGCCAACUACACUUGGAUCUUGGUCGAAGGGCUGUACAUCCAUGCUUUACUCUUCUGGUCUGUAUUCAAUAAGAAACAUAACUUUUACUGUUAUAUUUCAUUUGGAUGGCUUUCACCGUUUUUCUUUCUGGUUCCAUGGAUUAUUGUCAGAAUCGUGUAUGAAAAUUUUUUCUGCUGGAAUACUCACCCGACGUCAUCAUACUGGAUAUUUAAUUCAGCUAUUAUGGCUUCUAUAAUAGUAAACUUCAUAUUUUAUAUAAAUAUUAUCCGAAUGAUUUUCCAGAAGAUUUACGUAAAUGCCCGACCACAGAUCUCUCAGUAUACACGUUUGGCCAAGUCAACAUUAAUACUCAUUCCACUGUUUGGUGUGCAUUACAUCAUCACAUUGCUUAUUCCAGAGAAGGGUGUCAGCGAUCUCACUAAAAUUGCUAAAAUAUACCUUGAGCACAUCUUUAGCUCUUUCCAAGGACUAAUGGUUGCUAUUUUGUUUUGCUUCCUGAAUGAGGAGGUUCAAACUGAAAUCAAGAUGGCCUGGAAACAGAAAAUAGAAAGAAAAAGUUUCCACCACUCAAGGACAAUCACAACUUUUUCGUCACUUACUAGAGAACGACAAACAGAUAUUGCCACGAACGACAGCGCCAGAUGCAGUAUACACUCCGAAACACAAUCUCCAAACUUAGGUUUGGAUUGUGCUACAAGUUGGGGAGAACAAUCUUCUACAAAUACCGUCGGAAAUCAAUAUUUAGUCUCCGACGAAGCUGGAAUCAGGCGAUCAGAAACAAGUGAAACAUAUGUUUCAAGAAAAGAUACAGAAGCUAUGCGUUUAUCUCCAAAAGUUUCACAGAAAUGACUUUAAUUAGAAACAGAACCCUAAACGGCUGCCUAAAUAGUUUCUCGGUCAUUUUUAAUUGUUCGUUUUAGAGAUUGCCAAAUUUUUACCUUUCCAUUUUUAUUUGGUUAUCAUUUUCCAUUUAUGUCUAUAUAUGCAUUUAUUCUCCAAUUUUUAGUUUUCAUUGUUAAAUAUUUUUCGGUCAAAAGUAAAAUUAAAUUAAAAGUUCUAAAAUAUCUAUGCAUGCAGUUCUAGAGUUAUGGCGGUAAUUAUAAUUUCGGAAUUGCUAUAACGGUUUAAAGUUAUGAUCGAAUGAAUAGGAAUUUUUAACGAUUACGCAACUUUCGAGGAUUUACGUUAGUAAUUCAGAGAGAAUGCUGAAUAGAAGAACUGGUAGAACGCUAAACGAAAGUUGUUUCUUUUUUAUUUUUACAUUCUCGUUUCAAUUCUUAGCGAGUCAGUAUUGUAACUAUAGAGUGGUGACAAAAUACUAGUGUUAUUCCGUUAUACUUCCUUACGUUCUGAGUUAGAAUCGAGAUCGACUUUCCCUUGCAUCUCAGAGAUCGGUAGUGGAAGGUGGAAGAGCCAGUAAUAUACUAAUAGCGGACCGAUUAAAUUUGUGGGCUACUGUUAAAUUCAGAAAGGAACAUUGUAAAUCAAAUAUCUUAGUGUUGGGUAACCGUGUUGGGUUACGCAGUUUCGGGUUUCCCUUCAGUGCAUGACACCAUGAGCAACGUCAAGUGAAUUCAAUCUUUUGAGUAUUAUUAAGCAGACGGAAUCACCUCCUCUCUUUCACAAACACUUUUCAACGCCCCACGCCAUAAUUUUGCUAAAUUAAAUAUAUCAUAUGCACAUAAGCACACACACACACACACACACACACACACACACA